UAAUUCAUUCAUCAAAAAGUCGAGCAAAAUGGAUGCACAAUUUCUAGCAGGCAAAAAUAUCAUCAUUGCAGGUGCAGGCAUCUCAGGCCUCUCUUUCACUCUCGCAAUUCGGCAACUCUGGCCAGCCGGUCUGGAGCCUCCACACAUUGUUAUUUAUGAGCGUGAUUCCGAUGCUGUACCUCCUGGGCGGGAAGGAUACAGUUUGUCUCUAGCUGGCUUUGACGAGACCGGCGGCCUCUAUGCAGCUCGCGAUCUCGGAAUCUUGGAUGAGGUCCUCAACCACGCCACUCAAGGACUAGGGAAUCAAUUUGUCUUCAAGGUCAUGAAAUUCAAGCCGGCAGCUGGUCUUCCUACUGCAGGAAUCCGAAUUGCAAGGAAGAAUCUCCGAAAGGUCCUAACCAAUGCUGUCGGGCCCGGCCAAAUCAAAUGGAAUACCGCAUGUGUGGAUGCAAAGAAACUUCCAAAUGGGAAGAUGCUGGUUACGCUCUCAGGAGACCAUAUACCGGCAGACAAGUCAACCACCGAGUGUGACCUCCUCAUUAUCAAACCCGAUGACACGCCACAAUACGCUGGAGUCAUGCAGAAAGGUGGACUAGCCGUUUUCCCAAACGGCAUACCACAGCCUGUUGAUAAGAACUGGGGAAUGUUGCUUUCUGCAGGUAAAGGCAUGGCCUGUUUCUUGUCACCAUAUGAUGAAACAAGCGUGGCAUGGGGCAUAAGUUAUCGUGCGCCGACUAUUGAGGAGCCCUUGAAGCUAAGCGGCCUCGAGGAUGCUCAACAAGUUAUAAAUGAUUGCAAAGAGCUUGGAAAAGAAUUCCCUGAGCCAUUCCAAAGUAUCCUCGACGCUACAGAUCCCAAAGACGUGUCUCGACUAGCUGCUAGAGACAAGCAGCCUUUCAGCCAUGACCUUUCCCUGGGACCAGUCAUCUUUAUCGGAGACAGCAAUCACGCUGUUAGCCCAUUUUCUGGAUAUGGAGCUAGUCUUGCACUCAAAUAUGGCUGGGAUCUGUCAAUGCAAUUGUGCAAGGCCAAGUCUCUGGCAGAAGCUGUCAAGGCCUAUGAUGCUAUUAGUGUGCCACGGGCGAACAAAGUGCUGAAAGAAUCACACCAAAGGAUAGAUAUGGGCCAUGCGACUGGUCUGAAUUAUCUAGUCAACAGGAGUCUUUUUGGUCAGGGAUCUUUGUGUGCUUACUUCGUUGUCUACAUUCAAUGA